CGAGCUGCCGGAGAGAAGCCUGGGGCCGGGGGCGCCGAGCGGGGAGAGCCCGGCCCCGAGAGCAGAGAGCCGCGAGAGUAGAGCGGGCGGGAAGCGGCCGGGAGCCGGAGCCCCUCAGGCACCUGCUCGACCGCCCAGCGAUCGGCGCUCACGGAGUGGCCCGCAGGCCCCCGCCCGGGCCCAGUCCCUCCCGGGGCCCCCCCAUGGCCCGGGCCGCAGCCCUCCCGCCGUCGAGAUCGUCGCCGCCGCUGCCGCUCUUGCCGCCGCUGCUGCUGCUGCUGCUGCUGCUCCGGGAAACCGGAGCCCAGGAUGUGCAAGUUCGAGUCCCAUCCGAGGUGCGGGGCUACCUGGGGGGCACCGUGCAGUUGCCGUGCCACCUGCUGCCUACAGGACCUGAAGUCCGAGUCUCACAGGUGACGUGGCUGCACGUGGAUGCAACUGGAGCCAGCAGGAGUGUGGCCGCCUUCCACCCUUCGUAUGGUCCCAGCUUCCGCAGCCCACAGCCUGGCAAAGAACGGCUGUCCUUUGUCACUGCUGGGCAGAGCACCGGGACCAGGCAGGGCACAGAGAUGGAGCUGCGAGAUGCCACCCUGGCCCUCCAGGGACUGACAGUGGAGGAUGAGGGCAACUAUACCUGCGAGUUUGCCACCUUCCCCAGUGGCACCAGUCGGGGGGUGACCUGGCUCAGAGCCAUAGCACAGCCCCAGAAUCACGCCGAAACACAGGAGGUCACGCUCAGCCUGGACCCUGUGCCCGUGGCUCGCUGCGUCUCCGAGGGGGGCCGCCCUCCCGCCCGAAUCUCCUGGUUCUCGCCCCUGGACGGGGAGGCCAAAGAGAGCCAGAUAUCAGGGCCUGUGCCUGGCACAGUCACUGUCACCAGCCGAUUCACCUUGGUGCCCUUGAGCCGAGUAGAUGGGGUCAAGGUCACCUGCAAAGUGGAGCACGAGAGCUUUGAGGAGCCCAUCCUACUGCCUGUUACCCUCUCCGUGCGCUACCCUCCUGAGGUCUCCAUCUCUGGCUAUGAUGACAACUGGUACCUUGGCCGCAGUGAGGCCACACUGAGCUGCGAUGUCCGCAGCAAACCAGAGCCCACAGGCUAUGACUGGAGCACGACAGCAGGCGUCUUCCCAGCUUCAGCAGUCGCCCAGGGCCCCCAGCUGAUCAUCCACUCUGUGGACAGACUGGUCAACACCACGUUCAUCUGCACGGUCACCAACGCUGUGGGCACGGGGCGUGCUGAGCAGGUGGUCCUCGUUCGAGAGACCCCCAACACAGCAGGAGCAGGAGCCACGGGUGGCAUCAUUGGAGGCAUCAUCGCUGCCAUCAUUGCUACCGCUGUGGUCGCCACAGGGAUCCUCAUCUGUCGGCAGCAGCGGAAAGAGCAGAGGCUUCAGGGGGCAGAGGAGGAGGAUGAUCUGGAGGGGCCUCCCUCAUACAAGCCACCAGCCCCCAAGGCGAAGCUGGAGGAGCCAGAGAUGCCCUCUCAGCUCUUCACUCUUGGGCCCUCAGAGCACAGCCCACUCAAGACCCCCUACUUUGAUGCUGGCAUCCCGUGUGCUGAGCAGGAUAUGCCUCGAUAUCAUGAGUUGCCCACCCUGGAAGAGCGGUCAGGGCCUCUGCUCCUGGGGGCCACAGGCCUUGGGCCCCCCAUGCUGGUGUCUCCGGGGCCACCUGCUAUGGAAGGGGUUUCCCUAGACUUGGAAGAUGAGGAGGAGGAGGAAGACUAUAUAGAUAAGAUCAGCCCCAUCUAUGAUGCCCUGUCCUACUCCAGCCCCUCUGAUUCCUACCAGAGCAAAGGCUUUGUCAUGUCCCGAGCCAUGUAUGUGUGAGCUGCGAUGGCUCUAGCCUCUCAGCUCUCACUUUUUGAUCCUUCAACUCUCUGCCAGGGAUCUAGUGCCCCCUGACCUCUGGCCAGGCCACCGUCAGUUAACAGACAAAAAAAAAAAAACAACAAAAUGUGUCUCAUCUGUGACUUCUACCUUGGUGACUCCACUAU